AUGUCGAAUACACCACCACCCGCAUCCAUCGUCCCGCGCAUCGGCGUAGCAGUUUUCAUCAUACAUCCCGUUCCAGCAGCAACAACAGGCUCAACCCCUUCCACGCCGCUCCAACGGCUUCAAUGCAAAUUCCUCCUGGGCCGCCGGCUAGGCUCUCACGGGGCCAACACAUGGGCCCUUCCCGGCGGACACCUGGAGCACGGCGAGUCGUUUGAAGAAUGCGCGAUGCGCGAGACACGUGAGGAGACCGGCCUCGAAAUCGAACGCGUCGAGUUUCUCACGGCGACGAACGAUCUCAUGCCGAGCUCGAAGGGAGAUGGUGCACUGUUGCACUAUGCGACAGUUUUCAUGGUUGCGAGGGUCAAGGGCAGCUAUGAAGCUAUCUCCGAUACUGAGCGUCAUGGCGACGGUGGCGCAAUCGAUAUUGGCAUGCCAGAUGUCAAGGUCAUGGAGCCCAAUAAGUGCGCGGGCUGGGAGUGGGUGUCGUGGACGGAUCUCAUCCGCUGGUCAGCUUGGCGACUGUCCCCAGAUAGCGCUGCCGAGAUGUUCAAGAGUAGGGGUCCUGCUGCUGCUGCUGCUGCUGCUCCUGCUGCCGCCACUACAACAACGCAGGAGACAGAUCUUCAGAAUGACUGUGCUCGCGAGGAUGAGGGUGACGAUGGAGAGGGGAAGCACGGAAGGCGCCAGCUGUUCACCCCCAUGCUCAAUCUGAUCACGCAGCGACCUGGCGUGGUUCCACACAUUGUGGACCAUUACGCACCCAGCAGCGGCGGGCAAAAGGUAGAGGCUGUCCGGUGGGAGGUGUAG